AUGGGGCUUCCUUUUCUCUUCCGACAUCUGUACGAAACCCCAUCUACCAACCGUACGGCCGCCGGUGCAGAGCAGAGCAGAGGGAAUCCAGCGGACGCCCAAGCACGAGCUGCGGCUGCUCUGCGCCGGCCAGUGGUUGCGAUAUCUGUGCUGGUAUUGGCCUCUCGGUCUCGGAGUCGAGUCCGGCAUUUCACGAGGAAAAUUCCACACCGAAACCACCUGGCAGAUCAGACGAAUUCACCUCCAAACCUUGGCGUAGCAAUGGGAUACCUGCUCAUCGUAUUCGGUAUCCUGAUCUUGGUCGGUUUCCUCUUCGCUGCCGUCCUCUCCGGGUCUGACGACAACGGGCCCUUCUCCGCCAUCCAAAAUGACAGGUAUUACGGCCUUCUUUUACCCCUGACGCUUCCUGUGAUAGUUGUGGCCGUGUAUCUGCACUGGCUAAGCAUGAAGAUGUUCAAGCAUGCCUAGGAUUGGUGUGCGGUUUGUUAACCAAAUUCACGAUAAGUUGGUGAGUGGCAUUUAUGGCCUUUCGAAAAAGAUGAGUGCCGUUAUGAGUUACUAUGUUGGAAUCAUGAGUUCACCCUGUCUUCUAGUUGUCGACAAACUAGUGCGUUGCUCACAUUACAAACACCGACCCCCUCUUUCUGUUUCUGUUUGCUUGGGUUGCCAAAAUUUAAAUUUUUCAU